ACGAACGUUUCAAGGGCCCAGUUAAAAAUCUUCGAAGCCUAUCAGAAGGUUGUCGGAAACCAUUUCUCUUCCAAUUUUGGUUUAAGGAGACGACGGCGGAGGAGGCGUCGCACGACCCCGAAGGACCCAAAAAUAGGAAAUUGGAGUAAUGGUGACCGGAGAAGCGUUGAUCGCAUACAGAGCUCUGCUCAGGGCUACAAGGAAAUCAUUCGCUGGAGAUUCCGAGAUGCUCAAGGCUUCGGCGUCCGAGAUCCGUAAGAAAUUCGAAGAGAACCGCCACGUGGCUUCCGAUUCUGACAUCCCUCGCCUGCUCGGAGAGGCGCGUGAGGCGGCUGAAUUCAUCUCCACCAUGAUCGUUCAGGCUAAACUCAACGAACGCGGCGGAUUCGAGGUGAAGGCAAGCCAGGAACACGCGGGAGCGACUUUGGAGCUUCCAACAGAGGAGAUGCUUCGGAACAAAUCUGUAUGAGUAAGUCUUAGUGAACGACCACAUUGAGCCUGUCUGAAACUGGAGGAUCACUUCUCCCUUACUUGUUUUGUUUAAUCGGGAAAGGUGGAACCUUUUGUUUUUGAUUCUGUGUUUGUUCUUUCUUCACUGCCAAAUCAACUCAGAUUCAAUUAAUAAGGAGCUCCUUGCAUACAUUUUUUUUUGAUGAAAUUCUUCCAUUUUA